CCAUCAGCAUGAAGGAAGUAGGAGGCUUCAUAGAGAAGCAGGUGGCCUACUUGUCAGGGGGCCGUGGGGAAGACUCCAGUGUUAUAAUCACACUCCCAGAAUGCUCAGCAUUCAGCGACAUUCCUGAAGAAGCUUUAGCCAAAGUCUUUACAUACCUCACACUCAUUCCCCGAAAAAGGCAACCCGGCGUCAAGUUCAUAAUCAUUUUAGAUCGAAGACUGGACACUUGGCCAUCCAUCAAAUCUGCACUUGCAAGAAUAUCAGCAUCCUUUCCUGGCAACCUUCACCUGGUCCUGGUGCUGAGGCCCACCAGCUUUUUCCACCGCACUGUCACUGAUAUUGGUUUCCGCUUCAGCCAAGAGGACUUCAUGCUUAAGAUGCCAGUGGUCAUGCUGAGCUCAGUGACAGACCUACUGCACUACAUUGAAGAGAACCAGCUCACAUCGGAGUUUGGAGGCACAUUGGACUACUGCCACAGUGACUGGAUUGUUUUACGAACAGCGAUAGAGAGUUUUGCUGUGACAGUCAAGGACAUAGCUCAUAUGUUACAGACUUUUGGCACUGAAGUGGCUGAGACUGACCUACCAAAUGAAGCAAAAAACACUGAGUGCCUUCUUGAAUCCCAAACUAACAAAUACGGGAAACUCAAGGAUGCAAUCAGAACUGUUUCAAAAGAGGGCUGUCAUCUUCUCUCAAAUCUACAGACUUCUGGCAAAGGGGACUCUCACUGGGAUGUGCGGCUAGACACAGAAACUGUGCAGAGACUUCUAGCUCAACUCAGAGACAUGGAGUCUGCUUUUGAUGGUUUCUUUGAAAAGCAUCACCUGAAACUACAUCAGUACCUACAGUUACUAAGAUAUGAGCAGAGCUUCCAGGAGAUGGAGAUGUGUUUGGAGCACCUCUUGACUAAGGAGAAGGACCUGCCUUCAUCUGUUGACAGUCUUCCUCAAGCAGAGCAGGCUCUUAAAAAGAUAGACACACUUGAGUCAAGUGCACUAGAUGUGAUGUCUCGGGCCCAGAUCAUAAUCCUUCAUGGACAUCAACUGUCUGCCACUCAUCACUAUGCCAUGGCUCUCAUUAUGCAACGCUGCAAUGAGCUGCGGCAUUACUGUGAUACUCUGAAUGCAGCUCUCAAGACCAAGCACACUCGUCUCCUGCAAGCCCACCAGUUGCUGCUCUGUCUGGGAAAGGCCCAGACUUGGUGUGAUGAUGGAGCGUAUCUGUUGGCUAGUCAAGUUGGAAAUAAGUACCAGUCCAAAGAAGGAGCUCAGUCUGCUCUAAAGGAUAUUGAGAACUUCCUGCAGGGGGCGCCAGCAGUACUGAGCUUGGGGCCUGAGAUUGUAGCUACUGAAUAUGAGCCUGUUAUUACGUCACAUCUGCAGUCUCAAAUACAAAAAACUUUUACAAAACAUGCAACAGUGCAGCAAAUGAUUCAGAAUCGACAGAACUGUCUUAGGAAGCUUGCAGACAAGCACAUACGACCGGUGCAGCUUGUGGCGCCAAGAGCUGAAAACUCUCCACGCUCCAAGUCACCUCUCUUCUCUCCUAAGAACAGUGACGGUUUGAAGUUCACAUUUGACCUUUCACUACCUGGAAAAAGGACAUCAAAAAAAGGCAUCAACCCUAGAAAGAUUGAAGUAAUCCACGACUACCAGGAGAGCCGCAGUUGCUUGUCAUACAGUGUGGAGGGAGAGGACAGCCCAGACGUCCUAAAGCGACGUGUAAUGAGGGAACUGAUAGAGACCGAGAGGAUGUAUGUGGAGGAGCUUCUGUCUGUGCUAUUGGGUUAUAGAGCUGAAAUGGAAAACCCAGCUCUGUCUAGCCAUCUACCUCUGGAUUUAAUUAGCAAGAAAGACAUUCUCUUUGGAAAUAUGCCCGAGAUCUACAAUUUUCACAGCAGAGUUUUCCUACAGGAUCUUGAAGCUUGCCUUGAGACCCCAGAAGCAGUUGGAGCCUGUUUUCUAGAGAGGAAAGACUGUUUUCAGAUGUAUGAGUGCUACUGUCAUAAUAAACCACAUUCAGAUGCAUUGUGGAGGCAGUUUUCUGACUGUGUAUUCUUUCAAGAAUGUCAGAAAAAACUAGAGCACAAACUGGGCCUUGAUUCUUACCUGCUAAAACCAGUCCAGCGCCUGACUAAAUACCAACUGCUGCUUAAGGAGCUGCUGAAAUGCUGUGGCACGGACUCUGAGGGAACAUCAGAUCUGCAAGAAGCUUUAAAUGCAAUGUUGGAUUUAGUCAAGUCAGUUAAUGACUCCAUGCAUCAAACAGCCAUCACAGGAUACGAGGGAGACCUGUGUGAACUGGGCAAGAUGCUAAUGCAGGGCUCCUUCAGUGUGUGGAUCAGCCAUAAGAGAGGUGCCACUCGUAUGAAAGAGUUUGCUCGCUUCAAACCCAUGCAGAGGCACCUGUUCCUCUAUGAAAGGGCCCUGCUCUUUUGUAAACGCCGUGAGGAACAUGGAGAUGGCUGUGAUAAGACGCCUUCAUACAGCUUUAAACACUGUCUCAAGAUGACUGCUGUGGGAAUCACAGAGAAUGUUAAAGGAGAUGUCAAAAAGUUUGAGAUCUGGUACAGUGGCAGAGAGGAGGUCUAUGUGAUUCAGGCUCCUACACCAGAGGUAAAGGCAGCAUGGUUGAAUGAACUGCGCAGAAUACUAACAAACCAACAGAAGCUCCUAAGAGAUGAGGCUUAUCAGCAUAGUCCUAUGUGUGGGCUCAUGCAGCUCUCUCCAGCUCUGUCAGAAAGCAAGCAGCAGAGGGCAUCUGUGAGCUCAGAGGACACAGAGUCAGGCCGGAGCAGUCCAGACCCUCAGUCUAGUUCUCCGAAACGACAAAACCGCAGGAGUUGGCCAGGAGCUCAUCAGACCACAGACAUGUGCGAGGCUGUGGACAAGUGGUCUGCAGAUGGUGAUCCUUUCCAGCCGUCGGACUCAGAGGCAGCUAGUCUGCUGACACUGACCCCAGGCAGUUAUAAGGCUUUGGCAGACUGCCCUCAGGAUGAAACUAAAAGCAUUAUGAUCAAGUCUGGAGACAUUCUUCAGUUGCAGCAGGAGGACAAGCCCAGUCUAUGGCUUGUGAAAAACCUAAGUCAGCAAGAGGAGGGCUUCAUAUCAACAGCUAGUCUGCGGUCUGUGUUAGUACCUUUUGGCAAAGGUCAGUCAUGCAGACUAGGAGAGCCUGCUACUCUAAAGAUGAGAAAACUCAGCUCUCCAUAGACUGGGUGCAGUCUGACUGUAAAGUGUCUGAGGAGCUGAGUUUGAGCUGUCUGCUCUUUCACUGUGGUGCUGAGUGGGCUUUUGCUGUAGUUUACACAUAAAGGCAAUCCUGGGAAAAUCAACAGCCGAGCUGUGGACACUGACUUUAUUACUGGAUGUUUUUGCUCCAGGCCUUCAUUUUCUGACCAUUUUUCCAUUGCAGCUAAUUCCUGAGAAAUCAAUUUGUAUUUGCACAUCUAAGAUUUUUUUUUACAUGUUUUAUAUUUUUUCUAUGUAAAUUAUUUGAAAAUGUAUUCAUCAACAGUUUCAAAAUUCAGCAAUUUAAAUGCCAAAUCACUAAUAUUUGCAUUUUGUAUACUUGUUUCUCUUCUCAGUUUGCAAAAUAUUAGCUUUAACCUGAACUCAGAUAUAUUUACGAAGCACUUUAUUAAGAUAAAAUGCAUAAAAUAUCUUCUCUGUCUUCUCAGCUUGACUCUAUGCACUGGUCUGUCAGUUUAAAAGCUCUUAUAGAGUGUGUUUACUGCUGUACGCGUGUGCUGUGCUUCAAAAGUGACACGCACUUUGCCUGUGGCCAACAAUUGGUGCAUCGCUGUUGCUUUAGACUGAUAAAAAUGGAUGCCGCAGUGUCAGUAGGACUGGUAUUCCUCCAGCCCUCACUUUGGUCCUGAUGCUAACUGUUACAGUGGACUCUUCUUACUCCUCGUUACCGCACUGUUAGUCUGAGCUCUUCAAUUAAAAGGGAUCAUACAGCUGACAUGAAAUAUCCCCUCCGUGAUGAACACUUAAUGAAAUAUUGAUAGCAGUCUUAGAUGAAUUUGCCACAUCAAAUCGAGACCCCAGUUGGAGGGAUGCCUUUGAUUCACAUCGUUUGAUAUGGAAAUUAGUUUUUAAAGCUGCAGGAAGUGCACGCAAUGCUUUUCCUAUGUUGCUAACUUAUUUAUUAUUUUUGCUGUCAUGUUGUUUCUUGAUGUUAUGUUGAAAAUGUGCAGCCCAAAUAUGGACUGCUUUUGUUUCUUCCUUUUUGCUUCUCUCCAAAUUUAUUUUGAUAUUUUAUUGUAUUUCUCAAAUCCUAAUGCUGCAGAUUUUGCACAUUUUUUCAUUUUUAGAAAACAAAAUAAUGCUUGAAAAGUUAUGAAUUCUGAUGAGCCAAAAGGCCUCUGCCUGCUGCUGAUUUUUCAUUAAAAACUUGCACAGUAAAUUAACUGAAGCAGUUAGUGUCUUAAUGUAAAAGAUUUCAUCUGCCUUUUUUGUACUGAACAAGAGCUGCAUUAUGAAAUAAAUAUGCAUUUGAUAUCA